AAGAAGUUUGUGGGAAAUGACAUCUGCUGGUCUGUGACACAUGUUGCCUUCUUAAAUGGGGACUUCCCAGAAGUGAAACACAUUGUAGUUGAUGAAGCUCAGAAUUUUCGUCCUGAAGAAAACUGGCACCAAUGUGCCCAGGAGCUAGUCAAGAAAAAAAGUGGCAUUUUCUGGGUCUUCCUGGAUUUCUUCCAGUCUACUCACCCAUACGGUUGUGGUCUUAAGUUUUCAGAACUAUAUCCUCAGGAAUGGUUGACCAAAGUGGUCUGUAAUGCCAAGCAAAUAUACAAUGUCAUGUUUAAUCUCAUGGAGGAAAUCCUCCAAGAACAUAACACAGAUAUGCCCUAUGAGGUGCUGGAAGAGUUGUUUAAACAGGCUGAAUGUGCCCAUUCUUUGUCAGGUGACUACAUAAUAAAAAAAAAUAUGGGAACAUUUGAAAUGGCAGAGUACGUGACCAGGCAGUGCAACAGCUACACCCAGCAAGGCUAUCCCAUCAAAGAUACCGCAAUCCUGUGCAGUACACAGCAUGGAGCCUGGGUGUUCAGUCAGAUACUGGAACCUGAGCUAAAAAGACAAAUAAGGAAAUGCAGGGUGAGGUUGGUCUUGGGGCUAGCGGAGAAUGUUUUAGAAGAUGUCAUUGUUCUUGACAGCAUCCGACACUUCUCAGGCCUAGAAAGGAGAAUUGUGUUUGGCAUCCACCCUGUCCCUGCACAAAAGGAAUAUCUCAAUCUUUUGCUCUGUGUGGCAUCCAGAACCCGCACCAAACUCCAUUUGCUGUAUCACAGAGAAAAGACCUUCUUAAGAGAGACAUCUUUAGAUGACGGUUUACUCUUACCUGGGCCUGUGGACACUAGAAUGCUUUGCUCAUUUCUUGUUCAGUGAUAUUAUAGGGCAGCCUUAAGAUUUUUUUUAAUGCCCUUUCUGUAGUCUAUGCCAAAAAAAAAAAAAUUAGGCA